UAUACAAGAGAUCCUUGGUGUUGCAUCCCCUGCACAUAUUUUUUUGGUGUUGCGUCCUCUGCACAUUUCUUUUUUCUGUCUACAUAUUGAAAUAAGGAGCCAAUACCUGCCAUGGAUUCUUUACCAAGAUUAUUCUAUUGCUUCAUGGUGUUGUUUCUUCUUCCUCUCCUUUCCCAUUCAGCUGACAAUGAUCCAUUGCAGGAUUUCUGUGUUGGAAACCUUGCUGCUUCUCCAUCCCUUAAUGGCUUUCCCUGCAAAUCAGCCUCUUCGGUGACAUCAGAUGACUUUUUCUUUGAUGGUCUGAGCAAGGAAGGAAACACAAACAACACCUUUGGAGCAGGAGUGACUCCAACUAACGUCCUUGCAUUCCUAGGGUUAAACACACUAGGAAUUUCAAUGAACAGAGUGGACUUUGCCCCUGGUGGAGUCAACCCUCCUCAUUCUCACCCUCGAUCAACUGAGUCAAGAAUUGUCAUUAAGGGGAACCUCUUGGUAGGUUUUGUGGCUAUUGAUAACAAGUUUUACUCCAAGGUCCUCACUCGGGGGCAGAUGAUUGUGAUUCCUCGAGGUCUUGUACAUUUCCAGCAGAAUGUUGGAAAAGGGAAAGCACUCGCCUUCACAGCUUUCAACAGUCAAUUGCCUGGUGCUGUGGUGCUUCCCAAAACCAUCUUUGCUGCAAAUCCUUCAAUUCCUGAGGAAGUCCUUGUCAUAACCCAAUUUUGGGGCUAAGUGAUAAAAGUGAAAGCGCACGGACCAUUUUUUGCAAAAAGUGUGAAGCUUGAAGGGUUGAGAGGAGAAGCUAGCAAAACGACGUCGUUUUGCUUGUAAGCUGAAAUAAAGGUUGAAAACCCUAGCCACCCAAACUCGUUUCUUUCUUUGCUCCGUCGCCAACCCCCCCUCAAAAUAGAAAAAUCACAAAAAUUUUCUUGACUUAUCCCUAAAUCUACUCAAGUUUUGAAGAAAUUUACGAAGAUUGAAAGUCAUCAACAAGAGGCGCAAAAGAAGAGUUCGAAAUUGAUUCAAAGAAGGGAGUUCUAAGCUUCGAAGGUAAGAAUCUAGACUAGAAAAGGGGUAGAUGUGGGAAAACUAAGAGAUCCCCAUUCCAAAUAGGAUUGAGUUGUUAUCUUAGGGAUUGGGAUUUGAGUAUUAGAAGCACGUUAGGAUUGGGUUUUCCUUUUGUUUAUAAACAGGGGGGCCUUCGGCUUCUGGGAGGAGGAAAAAAGGAGAGAUUGGAGGAAGAGAGAUCCGGGAGUUGAGAAAGAGAAAGGGGAAACACAGAAACUUGUAUUUGGACUUCACGAGAAUAAAGUCUUGAUCUUUGU